AGAGUUCUCUCCAUGUGGGCGGGGCUCACUCGCUUCCUCACACAUCAGGUUUGUUUCCUGACAUUUAUGGUUGCUAACAACCUGCUGCCUGUAACUUCAUCUGUCCACCGUUCUCUCAUGCGCUGACGGCUUCCAGCGGCGGCGUUUUCGGGAUGUGUGUGGGGAUGUGGCCGUGUGGACGCUGCUGAGGGCGGCCGGACUCUCAGCUCGGCUCUGGCUGUAUGCUGCUCCGGUUCUCUCCGCCUGCUGUCUGACUCUGGGGGGUUGCAGUCUGGCCUCCAGCCGCGGCUGCGAUUUAACUCCAUUCCUCAGCGUCGCCUUCCACUGAAAUCAUGUUUAUUUAUUAAAGAUGGCGGCGAGGGGGAUACUCUAAACUAAAUGACUGUCAGAAACAUCGCCUCCAUUUGUAAUAUGGUGAGUAUGAAGCCGGCUGUGUGUAUGUGUGUUUGUGUGUGCGUUGCUAUCGAUUUUCCUGCAGCCUGAGUCUGUUGGAGCUGGUGUGUAGUGAUGUUCAUGGGUGAGUCGCCUCCCCCCUGCAGCUACACACACUAUGCAAAGAGGGGAAGGUCCUUUAGAGGAAGGAUGCACUGGGAGCUUGAUCCCUGCUGUACGGUCUAGGUGAAAAACGGGCCUGCAUCCACAUAUAAUGAAAGUGCCCCAUAGAAAGACGCGUUGACUGAGUGCUGCAGCCUCAGAUACGGUAUAAUACCGACUUUGUGAAGCUGUCACCGGUGAUUGACAGGUCAGUGCAGCCGCGCGCUGCCUCUGACAGCUUGUUGUGAUUGCAUUAUUUGCUGCUGCAGAGCUGCUAACAGAGACAUCGGAGAUGUCGAACAACCUGCAGUGUCUGUCACCUCUGGGUGCUGCUGGGUUCAGUACUGACACGAGAAGUUAUAGCAGAUCCCAUUCAGUUAAGCUUGGUAUGACCUCAAUAGACAUAUGAAGAUGGAGCUCCCAAACAAGCAUUGGAGCUCAUGCUAUGCAUAAAAGCUGCAUUUGUCAGCCUGUUGGCAGUUAAUUUACACAACAGAUUUAUGUGCAGCUAUUACAGCCUGAGUUUCAUUUUAUGAUGAGAGAUGAAAAACUGAGUGAUAAGUUUUAAACACCACAGUAACAUGUUAAUUUUUUGCAUGCUUGACUGUGACAUUAAUUUACAUUCAGCUAGAUGAUUGUAUGAAUUUUAAUUCUUUUAUAUUUGGGUGUCCUGCCUGGGUAAGGCAAGUGCUUUUGACCUGCUAUUACACUUGGGGCUGAGUAAAUGAUAUGUGUUGCCAAUCAUACUUUGACUUAUUCUGGAAACUUAAAUAGAAAAUGUUUCCUUUUCAGAUUUCCUAUAGAAAUCUGUGAGUUUUUUCUCUAAAGAGUGUACAAGGAGAAUUUUGCAUAACUUUUCAUUGCACUGUAUUCUUUCCUUAUGCAUCUGCCUCAAGCCUUCAUUUUAAUCCAGACUAUUUUGCGCACCGUGUACAGUAUUCCAGCCCUAAAACAACUCUCAGGCAGAAGCUGUGGAUAGCCUAACAUUUCUAUGAACCUUCAUCCACCAGCAAUAAAAUAAAAACACUGACUUAGUGGGUUAAAUCUAAAUUUCUGAAGUUGUUAAUUUAAUUAAUUUAUACAGUUCUGCACAGAGAGAUUGUAUGUCUGUGUCAACCUUCUGCAUUUAUGGAGAGAGAAAAAGAGACACUUGUUUAUAUAAUUGUUUAUAAGUGUUUUUAGACAUGUAAGGCUGUGAAGCUAUCUGAAUAUUUGACUGUUUGCUGUGUUUUUAGUUAUAACACUCACCAUAAAUAUCCCAUGACUCAUAGAAAAAAGGGGUUGUACCUGAGUCUCUCAUUACUUGGUUUUGGUACUAGAGGAUCUAAACAAGUCGGAAGGACUUGUAGUAGUUGGGGCUACUGGCUGGAGAGGUGCUUGUUAACUUGCUCAGCAUUGCCAAGGUAUUCCCAAGCAAGGCACCAAACCCACAACUGCUUAGUGGGCACAUUGUGUGGAGCCGAGGGAUGGUGAGAUUCACCAGUUAAUAUCGGUGGUCCAACACAAAGGUUUGCAAUGCAUCAGUGAAUUUGGGGUGCAUCAGAUGUAAUUCACAGGUGAAUUUGUGGUGCAUUGCUUCUAAUCUUUCUCCAUCGGUAACUUCUAUCGUUUCUACCAUGUUGUAUUCCCUGCCCUAUGGUGUUUCCAAGGCACCCUGAAUGCAAAGUUGAUACCCCAUGCACAAACAGACAUGUAUACAGCAAAUACGGGAUCGGCUUUUUCAAGCAAGAAGGUAAUCUUGACAAGCCACACGUAAUCUGCAAACUGUGCGGCACAUACCUUAAAUUGAUUCAGAGAGUAAAGCAGAAUAGUGCUAUUGAGGUCAGAAACCUGAUGUGGGCUAAUAAACUCUCGUACCCCAAUUUACUGUACACAGUGUUUGUGCGUGUGUGUAUUUCUGACCUGUGUGUGCAAAAAAAAAAAUCAGGCAGCAGAGAGAAUUAAUUUAAUUUCCCCUUUUGGAAUGAAUAAAGUUUUUUUCUUCUAUGUCUUCACAAUACAGUUGAAUAAUUGUAGCUCAUAAUACACAUUGAGUUGGUUUUGGAUGGUGUUUUUCUCAGUUUCUAAAAGUCCAAUAUAACAUCCUCAAAUAGGACAUAAUUCCAUCUAACAGCCUGUAAUCCAAACUAGUUUCAUUUUACAGUCUGGGUGAGCUGAAAAAACACAUUUUGUUCAUAAAACAUAAAGUUGUUACAUACCAAAGUGAUGAGAAUAGAGUAAAUUUUGAUUAGUAUAUGCAUUAGAAGAAUGAGCAAACUCAUGCAAUACAGUGUGUUCCUCUCCAAAGAGCAAACUCAUUUUUGCUAAAUUCUGCUGAAUUUUAAAGUUCUUAAAAAAGUUUCCUGCAGGUCGGCUGGUGUAUGCUGAUUAUCAAAACUUAGAAUAAGUAAGAGUAAGUAAAGAUAAACACACUUUUAAGUAGAGUUUUAAGUACCUCAAAUGUAGGUCUUUCAGACAAAUAAAGCUCAAAGAAAGUCAGUGACACAAUUGACACAAUUCUUCAGUCUUUGUGUCAGUCUAUGUAAAACCAGACAUACCAGUGGUACGUGAUAACCAGCUGUUGAAGGAAGUCUUGAGUUUUACUUUUUCACAUCAAGAUCGCCACUUACAUUGAUGAGUCAUUUAUUAAUUUGCAAUGUGGGCCAAGGAUCUUUACCUAAAAACUCCUGUUUUAUACAUAACUUCUUUACUUAAGUGAGGGCACUACAGAGUUGUUUUAAUUCUCAAAAGCGAAGUCUGAAUUUUCUAUUCAGCUAAAAUAUGCAACACGCAGCCAUUUAGAACAAAGAGCUCAGAGUUAAAAUGUGAUGUCAAGCAUUGGUUGCAUUUCUUUUACUGCCUUUUAUUAGAUCAGUUUUUACUAAACAUGACUCAUAUUUUCCUCUAGCUCUGUAGAUAAAACAGCCUAGGAUAAGAGGGGAUCAUAUUUUUAGCAUCCCAUGGACUUGUGUCACUCCAGUGCAGUUUCUUAUCUCAGAGCGGAGGUAAUAAAAUACACAAAGAUGAAUUCACUUUCUGCUUGGACUGAGGGAAAUAACAAUCGCUCAAAGUCAGACUAAAUCGUCCUCUAUGAUCGCUUCACAAAGCUGGGGUUCAUGUUAAGAAGCUUUGAGCUCUGACAGGUCCGAGGCUCUGGCAGUAGAUGAGAGGUGUAUCUCAGCAAUCAGACACAAAACACUCCCGACUUCUGACAUAAUUCGAGCUAUUUCCACCAUCUUCUCUUUCUACUUUGACAGACCGGUUCCUCUGAAAGACAUCAAGUCAAACUUCAACAUUUGAAAGUCAUGCCUGAAACCGAUACGUUGAAACUUUGCAAUGAGGAUAAUGUGGUCAAUUACACUGUCAGAAAGAGAGGCCUUUAAUUUUGUUGGAUUGUAAGUUUUAGAUUGAAAAAGGGGAUUACAGCCUGGGUCCUGUUUUUACAUUUCCUGGGGGUCUUAAUGAUGACUAACGUAGAGAGCAGUGGUAUUGCUCCACAAGAGAGUAAAAGGUCUUUAAUUGCUGCAGAUGCAAAGUCAUUCACUGAGCUCAUGUAGCCUCAUGACUCUGCUAGCUGCAGGGAAUGUGAAAAUUGUCAGGUAGGAAAAAAGUUGUACUCAGUAUUUUACAGCAGGAUUACUUAUGGUGACAAAACCAAUCACUUUAAAUUGUUGUAUUAGUAAUGGACCGUCAGCCCCAAAGUCAUUGCAGCCUGUUUUAUGGGUGCAGCAGCUUUUCACACAUGCAUGUGCUUCAUCAAAUAUCCCUGUCGUUUGAGGGGAGCUGACGGCUGGAGAUGAGUCUAUAGAUGUAGGACAUGACUUUCAAAGCAUGUCAAAAUGUAAAACUAUGUAUAUCACUGUCCCUUUGAUAGUGCUAUAUCUAUUCUCAGCUGUUCCUACAGCUUACACACUAUACAGCACACAGAGUUAAUGCAGCUGUUGAGUUUAGUUGUUCAUUUGCUCGGGGGGGGGGGGGGUUCUUUGGAAUUGUUUUUACUGUUGUGCUGUGCUGUUAGAUCAGCCCAGUGUUAUCGUCUUAUAAGAAAGGUGAAGUGAUGUUUGAAGGAGAUAGCACUGACCUUUCUUCUUUAGCAGAUCUUGAGUGUACUUUAAUGUUCAUGUGUUUAAAACAGGGUUCCUACGCAAGCACUGAAAAGUAUGGAAAUAAAUUUGAUCAAUUUCCAGGUCUUAAAAAGUAUGGAAAAUGAAAAAUAAAGUAUGGAAAUUCCAACUGUGUAGGAACCGGUAGAGGACAGUACUCCUUCCUCUUUUGUCAUUUUUCCUAUAGUUUGUUUUUGGAUAACCAAAAUGCAUGUUUUUUGUUGAAAAAUACAACUGAGUAUUAGGACCCAAACUUAAUUUUUUUUUUUUUUUGAAGAUUUGGGGGAAAAAUAAUUGUGGUAGAAAACGCAAGUUUUAGGAAAAUCAAGUUGUAAUAUUGCAAGAAAAACGUGGUUGUGCUACAAGAUGAAAGUCGUUUGGUGAUGUAAUUAAAGUCAUAGUAAAGUCAUAAUGCUGUGAAAAUAAAGUCAUUAUGUUAGGAGAUAAAAGUCAUUAUGUUAGGACAGUGGUUCUCAAGUCCAGUCCUCGAGGCCCACUGUCCUGCAUGUUUUGGAUGUUUCCCUGCUCCAACACACCUGAUUCAAAUGAUUAGCUCGUUAUCAAGCCAUUACAGAGCUUGAUAACGAGCUGAUCAUUUGAAUCAGGUGUGUUGGAGCAGGGAAACAUCCAAAACAGUGGGCCUCGAGGACUGGACUUGGGAACCACUGUGUUAGGAGGUAAAAGUCAUUAAUUUUAUUCAUUAAUUUAUUUAGAAAGAUAGCCCCUUGAGAUGGACCAUCUCAUUUUCAAUCACUGAUUAGCCUCAUAAUGAUGUUUGUAAGGGGAAAACCACGUCUCAGCUUUCUGUUCAGUCUCUGAGUCCUGAUAUUUACGACAAUGUGGUUCUUAGGAGACAAAACACAGGAGACCAUUUAACCACAUAACCAUCUAAUAAACUAUGGAGAGCAUAAGAAAAAUACAGCCAGGUGAGGCUCUAUGACUACGAAACAGACUUUCCAUCUUAAUUUGGUUACAUAUUCAUAGGUGGUUCUAAUGAGGCUCUCCUCUUACACAGACUGCAAUAAAUGAGCUGAUGGUUUCAUGUCUUCUUGUCUCUCAGGGCACCAAUGCCUCUGCUCUGGAGAAAGACAUCGGCCCGGAGCAAUUCCCAAUCAAUGAGCACUACUUUGGAUUGGUCAAUGUGAGUAUCUUUUAAUCCUCUCACAUAUCCACUGCCAAAAAAACACAGGUGUCAUCUUUCAAAACAAACCACUGCAGGACUGGAUGAGUCAUGUCCCCUUAUGGACAGUGAAGGUGAUGGUGUUGUUUUUGACUCUGUUGGCCGUAACAGGGAUGUUCUGUUUUCUGAUUAUGGCAUUUACAUAAACAGCCGUGUUACCCAGCAGCCGCUUGAACAUGCUGCACAGAUAAAAACAAGUUAAGACAUCUGUAUUUUCCCAGCUGCUCAUUUCCAAAGAGUAAAAACCACUCUCUGUCCUCCUGUAUUACUGUCUCCCUCCUCAGUUUGGAAACACAUGUUACUGUAACUCGGUGCUCCAGGCUCUCUACUUCUGCCGGCCCUUCAGGGAGAACGUUCUGGCUUAUAAAGCCCAGCAGAAGAAGAAGGAGAACCUGCUCACAUGCCUGGCUGACCUUUUCCACUCCAUCGCCACACAGAAGAAGAAAGUGGGCGUCAUCCCGCCAAAAAAGUUCAUCUCACGAUUAAGGAAGGAGAACGGUGAGAGACCAUAGAUCUCCUGUUAACAACAUGGCUCACUAUGUUCUUCAAAUGUAAAGAUUUUAGGAGGAGUUUAAGAGUAAACUGAAUGAACUAAGUCCAUUUUAAUUAAUGUGAACUAGUUCAUUUUGAUCCCUGUGAAAACAACACUGAGGGACACUAAUAUUACAUCCUAUUUGGUUCAGUAUAAGGUUAUAAAAGUGGUGUGAUGGCCUCAUUUUGGCUGUUGCACAAUCUGUGUGUGAAAGGUUUUCUUUUGAUUUAGCACUACCUCAGCCAUGUUAAAUCACUGAUAAUCCAAUCAUGGCUCUGCUUUACUUUUGACAAAUUCCCAAAACAAAUCUUUUUAAUGUUUUGUAUGUUAUCUUUUUUCAUUUUUGGGAUGCGUAAGAAUGUCACCACUGUGAAAACAAGUUCCCUCUGGACUAUAUUUUAGAUUUGCAGAGUUCAAAAUCUUGUCUUUGGCAUGGCUCUGUCAAAGAUGGUUAUUUUGGAAUAAAAAAUGAAUUUCCUAGAGCAUUUUUUUUUUCUUAAGAGCAAUGUUAUGUCAGAGCCAGACCUUCCCCCAGCACUGACUGGUGCAGCAUGGGAUAGAUAAGAUAAGAUAAGAUAUUCCUUUAAUAGUCCCACGGGGGGAAACUCCAAAAUUAAAGCAGCAUCAAUACAGAUACAAAAAGAGAAAUUAAAGGAUAAAGAAACUGAGAGUUAAAAAAAGAUAUGUACAUGAGUCUUAUUUACAUGUGUACAGAAUAUACAUAUAAUAUGAUUUAUUGCACACUGAGGUUCCUGUUGUGAAGUCUAAGAGCUGCAGGAAGGAACGACCUGUGAUACCUCUCCAUCACACACUUAGGGUGGAGCAUCCUGUCCCUGAAGGAGCUCCUCAGUAGAAAUAGAGAUGUGAGACAUAAUGGGCACAAAGUAAGAAAAAUAAAUAAUGAGGUUAAAAAAAAAAAAAAAAACAUUUAUAAAUAUAGAAAAAGAAGAACUUUAUUGACUCCCAAAGGGAAAUUCAAUAAUGUACAUGGUUUUCACCAUUUUUGAUGAUGAAAUGUGCUGAUGGAGCUCUUAAAAAAUGAGGUACAAAAGAAUGACCAUUUAAUGUCAUGUGAAAGUUCAAGUAUGUAUGCAACCUUCUACAAAGCCAGGUACAUCUGUAGCAAUGAAGCACAGUGAGGCCAAGUCUGCAGCUUUCCAAGAGCAUUUAGCUGAUGGAAAAAACACAUCUGUGGACGUAUUUCCACCACAAAGCUGCCAUAGUAGAGAGUGAACGUUACAGAUUGAAUGGUAGUGGUCGUUUGAGGCAGAGAUAAAAUGAAAAAAGAGAGGGAGAAUGCUAGUAAGGAAAACAAAGUGAUGUAAAAGUCAAAUAAGUCUGUUUCACAAACGUGCCCUAAAACAAAAUUUACUGACCCCUCUGCACCUCAGCAUCAACGUGUAUAAAAGGUCCUGUCUGCUGUGUCAGUCCUUUGUCACUGCCCGACUGUUGUAUUGGCAGGUUGGCAAGUCCUGUUCUUUUGUUGAGCCCUCUCAGCAUCUUAUGAAGAUGCAUGUUAUUUUUAUGUCUGUUUCAUACUGACAGGGCAGAGGAGACAAACAGCACUAUCAGCUGGUCUUUUUAUGUUUUCUGUCAAUCCAGAUCAGCAGACUGUCAGCUGUGAGCUCAAAGCUACUGCACAAUGAUUGAUGCCAUUACACUGCCCAAAAUAACACAUUUAGGCAAUACAGAGAGCAUUCUUCCUGCAGGUACAAACACCACCACACACCUUUUGUGGAUUAUUAAUGAUAAUUCAAGGGAAAUAUUUAAUUUUGGCCCGACACAUGUUGGUCUGUCUUCAGUAAGUAUUUAUGUACCACCACAAUGUUGGAGUUUAAAGUCCAAAGUAACAAAAUCAACCACACAUGUUCAUUAGCAGUCAGAGGUUGGAGAGUUGCGUUUCUGUGUUGUGUGUCUGCAGCAGCGUUUGCUUUAAUACACUCUGGAUAUUUGCAGUGAAGGGCAGGUGCAUGUUGGUGGUAAGGUCGUUCAUGGAGGACAGCGUACAGAGAGGCUGACUGUUCUCUGCUGUCCAUAUUGAGGAAGCUCUUUAUGUGAAUGAACAAUGAGAUCUCUGUUCGGACCCAGCUUCGCUCAGCUGCCUCCUCUCUGCACUCCCCCCUGGCCUCCCCCAAACUCCUCCAUUCCCCACAUCUCACCUUUCACAUACAGACCUGCUCUCAGCAGAAGUUUCUCAUAGCAGGAACAGUCCAGGUUUAACUAAUCACAGUAAUGAUGUUCCUCCUCGAGCCAGCAGUCAUCGCUGUGUUUUUAUUACACCUGAGCUUGACAACUCAAAACAGACCAGGGAGCUGGAUUAUUAGACGAUUAGGGUUUGGAUAUUUUUGUCUAAUUUUCAAACAAACAAUCCUCAGUGUUGUUCAGGUUUCUGUUUUUCUUUAUUUGCCGCACAAGAAUUGACCAAUUAGAAAUCAGCAGGUUUUUCUGUAUGCAGAUUUUCUUGAUACUGUAAGAGUCAGUUAGUAUUCAGGUGUCCUUGAUUUCCUGGAAAGCAUUGAAAGUGAUCAGCCCUACAUCCAUUCAUUCAUUUAACUUCGACGAAUACUAUUCUGUGGUAUAUAGUUUUACAGUUUCUCAGUUUACAUCAUAUCAGUUUUCAGUGGAGAUCUUAUUUCAGUGACACUUUACUUGAUGCCUAUCUCUAUAACAUAUUAUAAAUAUAUGUAUAACGCGUUAUAAUCACGUUAUAGCACUGUAUAACUAUAGUUAUAAACACUCAUAAUGAUCAUAAUGCUUUAUAGCAAUAAUCAUAACACAUUAUAAAGCAUUUUAUCAUGAAUUACAAGGUCAGGUAUUAUUAUGUGUUAUAACUGUUAACAACUCACUGACAAUGCACACAUAGAUAAUGCAUUAUACAUAUAUUUAUGAUGUGUUAUAAUUUGCUUAUAAACUUGUAUAACUAUCAUUAUAAACGCUCAUUAAUUAUCAUAAGGCUUUAUAACAAUAAGCACAACACAUUAUAAUACCUGACCUUGUAAGUCAUGUUAAAAUGCUUUAUAAUGUGUUAUGAUUAUUGCUAUAAAGCAUUAUGAUCAUUUAUGAGUGUUUAUAACUAUUGUUAUACAGUGCUAUAACAUGAUUAUAAAGCAUUAUACAUUAUAUUUAUAAUGCGUUACAGAGAGAUAGACGUCAAGUAAAGUGUUACCCUUAUUUCUUAUCUGAACUCUUAUGGAUAAGUUUUAGUGGUCUGUAAAUAGGUGUGUCUUUUCUGUGAGGUUUACUCAAACCCGUCGUCCCUUGUGUAAUGAUUGGUUUACACUUAUAUCACUAACACAGAUUAACCCGAAAACCCUUGUUUCACUGUAGUUGACUUGGAUUAAGUCUCUCUGCCUCUCCCUCCAGAUCUGUUUGAUAACUACAUGCAGCAGGAUGCCCACGAGUUCCUGAACUACCUGUUGAACACGGUGGCCGACAUCCUGCAGGAGGAGAAGAAGCAGGAGAAGCAGAACGGACGCCUGAAGAACAACGGCACCGCUGUCACCACAGAGACUGAGACGGAGAACAAAACAGAGCCCACAUGGGUCCAUGACAUCUUCCAAGGCACACUGACCAAUGAGACGCGCUGCCUGAACUGUGAAACAGUGAGUGUGGUUUCAGUUGAAGGCUGCAGUAUAUUUUCUGUUGUUAUCUGUCCCUGUGCCGCCCUGGAUCACCAAUCCCUCUGAAUAAAUCUCAGAAAGGGAUUAGACUUCAGCAGAGAUGCUGAGAGAUGCAGAUUCAGUGAUUCACCCCUGGUGGGCUCAGGCCACCCACUUUACAUCAGGGCUAGUGGAGGCUUUGUCCUCCUAGUCUGAGUGUGAGGAGUGGGACAGGUUGCCCUGAACAACCUCUACAGACACCAAAGAUGCUCAGUGCUGAGACAAACGCUGCACAGUAUCACACUUCAAAGACUGUGUGUGUGUUUGUGUGUUUGUGUGUGAGCGCAGGGUAAUCCUCCCUGACUCUGUGAAAGACAAUGACAGUUCAGUCUCCUCCUCUCUGAUAGGUGAGCAGCAAAGAUGAGGAUUUUCUGGAUCUGUCUGUGGAUGUGGAGCAGAACACAUCAAUAACACACUGUCUCAGGUAGGACAGCUUUAUUACACAUUCAUCUAAAGCUCACAGACUGACAGUAGACCACCUUCUCUCCGGUCUGAGGCGGAUUAAAUAACCAGCCUUAUGUGGCACGCUCUCUUCUCCAGGGACUUCAGCAACACAGAGACUCUGUGCAGUGAAUACAAAUACUACUGUGAGACGUGCUGCAGCAAGCAGGAGGCUCAGAAACGGUAGAUGAAGCUCUGAACUUCAACCUCUGUUCAACGUGUUAAUGCGCACAAACACACAAAGUCUCUAAGCAUGUUUCCUUCCAUCCUGCAGGAUGCGUGUGAAGAAGCUCCCCAUGAUCCUGGCUCUCCACCUGAAGAGGUUCAAGUACAUGGAGCAGCUGCACCGCUACACAAAGCUCUCAUACCGAGUGGUUUUCCCCCUCGAGCUGCGGCUGUUCAACACAUCUGGGGAUGCAGUUAACCUAGAUCGCAUGUACGAUCUGGUGGCUGUUGUGGUUCACUGUGGCAGGUAUUGUUUUCUGAUUACAGGCCUGGGAUAAAAAAUCUGCAUGAGCCUCUGGUGCUGUCAGAUUCAAUACAAAUUUAGCUUUCGUGUAAAAACAGGGUUCAUUAAUUCUGUUCUGGUCAAAAGACAAUUUAGAGCUGUUUGCCAUAGGAGAUUGGAGAACUCGUGUCUAACUCAUCUUGAGAAAUCUGCUCAGUAUAUACCAGUAUUAUUACAUGAGUAGCCAUGUAAUAAUUUUUGCAGAAAGAUAUGAAUUUGGAAAUGAUUUGAUUGAUUCAAAGUGAUGACAUGUCUUGAAAAUAAGCUGCUUAUUAAGCUCUGGAGGAUUUUUUAAAUCUCAAGACUCAGGCUUUUUCAUCUGCAGGAGGAACUGUGGCUCCCAGUAAGCAUUUUACCACCACAUCUCUUGGUCCUGCGUGAAGAUAAAUACCUUUUGGUGCAGGAAAAAUAAAAAGUAUGGGAGGAGUUAAAAUUGUAUAUUUCCCCAAGACAUCCAUCCUUUUUUAAAAAUUUUUGUUAAGUAUUUUUUUGGGGGGAGUUUUUGCCUUUUAUAGAUAGGACAGAUUUGAAGUAUGGGGAGAUAGAAAGAGAGGGGGGAGGACAUGCAGCACAUGUUGGGGCCGGACUCGAACACGCGACUGCUGCGUGCUAAUCCACUAGGCCAUCUUUUUAAAUGGAUGUUUUGAUAUGUAUAUAUCAUGAUUGAAAAACUGCAUUUUUAAAUUUAUUUAGGUUAUCUUUGUCUGACAUACAAACUUGUUUGAUGAUUUGAAACAUGUAAGUGUGACAAAAAAGCUUUAGGAGUGGUGGAAACAAGUGUCCAUGAAACAGCCAAAUAAAAUCAGAGGAAACACUCUAAACUCUAAAAAACUGAGGAUUUAUGAUCAACAAAUAAGAGACUGUAUAACAGAUUAGCAAAGGCUUAAAUUAAAAGAACACAGCAAGUCUACAGGCGUACAAAAACCUCUGUUCUGGAGGUCUUAGGGCAGCAGUCCUCACUGAAAGGUCCUUUGACUUUAAAAACAGUGAAGACCACAUGUUUCAAAUAGAUUAUUUCAUGUCUGUGCUUCAAAGAGUCACUGUGUCUCCUCAGCGGCCCAAACAGAGGUCAUUACAUCACCAUCGUGAAGAGUCACGGCUUCUGGCUGCUGUUUGACGAUGACAUCGUGGAGGUGUGUCACUCUCGGCCUGUUAAUGUGCUUCCUGUUCUCUGAAUCAUCUGUCCUUACUGCUGGUAGCAUCAGGAAACAUCUUCUUACAGAGCGUCUCCUUGUUUUGUGCAGAAAAUUGACGCCCAGGCCAUCGAGGAGUUUUACGGGCUUACCUCAGACAUCUCCAAGAACUCUGAGUCGGGAUACAUCCUCUUCUACCAGUCCAGGGAGUGACUGGAGCCGGAUCAGAGACACAGGAGGAGAGCGAAAAGGAUGAGACAUUUCUUUAUUCUUGUUUUCUAACUUUUCCCUGACAGACCCAGACUCCUGCCGUUUUUCAUCUCAUCCUGCUCCCAUUCCCAAAGUCUCUCAGACGUACGUGCCAAUCCUCCCUCCUCUGGGUUUUCCCCCCUCUGUCAUCUCUCUCUGUAAUCUUCUUCUUGCCUUUAUGUCACCUGCAUCUGGACUGCACUUUAAAAACAAAAGCAAAAAUGCUCAACAGCAUGACAGUAACAAAAACCGAGUCUACGCUCAGAUGGAGCCCUGUGUGCUCACUCUGUGUGAGAAUCCUGCAGAGGUGAUUCUCUGUGGUGUGAUGAAGAGUCUGGUGCACAUACAGACUGUUGUACUAUAUCAUUUUUAUGUAUAUAAGGUCUAUUUUCAUGGUGUGUCGCCCCCUUAAAUCCUUCAUUAGGGCUAUUUUCCCGUCACGGUCCUGUCCUGUUUGAUUUGUUCCUGUCAUGAGAGAUGAAUGAAGCUGGAGACGAACACUGUAUAAUACUCACAGUCAGAUUUCAUGCAGUUUUAAAGCAAUAUCUGAGCAGAGAGGCAACAAGAUGAAAACUCCUGCGACUUUAGAGAUGAUUUUGUGAGCUGCUGCCACCCUGCUAUUUUACUUUAAUCAGAAUUGUGCUCAGACACUACACCAGGAAGGAGAUCCGGCUGUAAACAAGAGGAUCUCCAUUCGAAUCAGCUUCAAUCUUUAUCAUUUAGAGAAAUCCCAUAUUUAUUAAAUGUUAUGUAUUUAUUUCAGGUGUGAAGUUUUUUUGUUUUUUUUUUGUUGAGAUGUGGCUUUUUAGAGAGCUUUUUAUGAUAAAGAAUUGUCCUGGUCUUUUUAAACUUUGGCCUCAUUCUUCCAUAUUAUGAGGUCUGAAUGACUGAGUCCUUUAGCACAGGUCUGUUUAAUGAGGUUACAUGAUUACAGCCAAAAUAAUUAUCACACUUAUUUUAAACAAAACAUCAAAAACAGAUCUAUUAAUCAUGAUUAUUUAUACAUUUUUAUCUGCUUUGUGAUUUUUUUGAAAACCUGACUAAUAUCAGUUUUUCAGUGACUGAUGGUGGUGCCAAUUAUGACAAAGUGGGUCAAAACUCCCUGAUUUAUUAGAUAUAAUGCUGAUAUUGAUAAAUUACUAUUUAGCAAUACUGACAAAAGGAAAACAACUUCGCUAAACUUGAAUGAAAAUUUCCUCAAAUAACUGAAGACAGAGAAAAGUGGCUUGCUAAAAUACUGGAUUUUGUUCAGACCAGUAAUUACAAAAAAAUAAAAGAAAAAAAUAAGAAAAAUAUUUGGGUUUAAAAAAAGAGAGGAAAAAAAGUAGUAUCAUUUAUGGUUUCACACAAAUUGAAUCUUACUUAUAUUGUUGUUUUAGCCAAUAACUUGUUUUAGAUUGACUUUUAAUGAAUUUGGAAAGUGGUAAAAUGUGAUUUCUUACAUUUCAGAGAAUGAGCGAUAAAUAUUUCAGAGGCAAUAUUAAACUGCAUUUUCCACUCAUCAUAACAGAAUUUAUAAAUGCAGCAUGUGAUGCUGAGCAUAGCAGCAGAAACGUUUAUAGACAGCUGCAUGUAGAGGAAAGAAACACAUCUUUAUCAAUGAGCGCUGCAAGUGCAUUCACUAGUUCAUUUUGAUGUUAUUUAUAUAAAAGAACAAGGCAAAGUGUUCUGUUCAAUUUCAAGAGCAAGGAGAAAGCAGACGAGUUAAAUUCAGAGCUGAACUUUUCUGAUAACAACUGUGCUGGAGGAGCUCUUGAAGAAGUCCUCAGCUACACUUUUAUAGAAAGACUCCUGAAUAAAAGACCUUCUGUUAUGAAGUGUUUCACCAGACAAGGCCAAAGUUUAAAAUUACCAGAACUCUUCUUUAAGAUGCUCUUAUCAAAGCUCUGACUAGGAGGAGCAUUACAUAAGAGACACCCAACCCAAUAAAGAAAGCUGAUAAAAAAUUGUCUUUAGUCAGUUUUCAGUUUUGAUGAAAAGUUAACCACAUUAAGAUGAGUCAUGUUAAAAAAAUUAAAAAAAGAAGCUCAGAACUCCCUGAUCCACUAAAAAGCAUGAAAACACGAAGAGUGCAAUAAAGAGAUGAAGAUAUCCAGUGUGGAUAUCCCAGUGAGACUGAUAUGAAGUUAUUAAAUGUUUGUGGAAGAUGUUUUUCUUAGCAGCUGAUCUUUUCCCAGUGAUGUGUUUGUUGUGAAUCGUAUGCUCCUGAUUUCAAAUUUUAAAGAAAAAUGUCACUGCCGACUGGGAUCCUAUCUAUACAGAUAUUCAGCUUUUUUUUUUGUUUUGUUUUUAACAUUGUUUUAUUUUUUACAUUACCUGUGUCUAAUUUCAUUUUUAUUUGUAUCUGACUCUAAUGACGUUAACGUGUGUCAUAAGGUUUGUAGCACCUUUGAUUCCCAAAGCUUCAAUGUUCAUUCAUAAGAUGUCCCCUGUACUGUAGCUGAUUUUCCUCCUUAGCUCAUGCCUCAAGCUAUGAGGCUGUGCCCUGUAGAGUAGCCCGACAUCAGACGACUUGUUUUCAUGUAAAACACAUUCCUGUUUGCUACACAUCAGAGGAAAAAUCAUGUCAAAGACAUCUCAUUAUGAAUAAGGUAGAGGUAGGAUUGAUUUAACAACCCAGUUCCAAAAAAGUGGGACACUGUGCAAAAUGUUGGUUCAAAACAGAAAGAUGAGAUAGUUUGCGAAUCGUUUAAUGCCUACUGUUGAUUGAAAAUAGAGCAAAGAUAACAUAUCAAAAGUUGAAACUGUAAAACAAUGAAGGUUGUAUAAUGCUGGAAAAAAGAAAAAAAAAAGAUCUCUCAGCUGAUGAGGAUAACUGCAGCAGGUUUAUAACAUGACUGAGUAUUUUAAAACCUCUGUGAGAAACUGCGUGAAGAAGUAGUUCAACCAUUUCAGAAUAAUGUACCUCUGUUGUAGUAAUGUUGUAAUGUACCUGUAACCAAUAAUAACAGUCUUUAGACGAAAAAAAAAAAAAAGAAAUACUGAUAUGCUAAAAAAUGAGCUAAAACAGAGGAGAGUCUCAAAGAAGCAGCAGCUAAUAGUGAGCUAGCUGUAGCAGACAGAUGAUUUAGCACUUUCAAAAACAGACAUUCAGAGAUUUAUUAUGAAUCCAAAAGGAACAUUAAAGUUUGAACUUUUUGCAUCACUGAUCGAUUAAAAUGUAUGAAUUGUUAUCAGUCUUGCACAGUUUUGACUUAAUUCCAUAACUUGCUAUUUAUGGAAAAUAGUGUAUUUUUAUAUUGAAGUACAGUUAAAAAAAUUCAGAAGUAACUGAAACAAACAAUUAUCGUAUGUGCCAUCUCCAAAUUAGAGUUGGUCACAGGCCUGGUGAUGCACAGAAAUGAUGAAUUUGAAUUUCCUUAGAAAUUGAUUACAUAAAGAUGAAUUGCAUCUAUUAGUGAUGUUUAUGAACUUAUCUGUUGGCCUCCCUUGCCUGAAGGCAGCAGUGCAUUGCAAACGGAUAUGGCUCUGAAGUGGAACUCAUCGUAUGGGCCCAAAGUCACUGUCAAGAGCUAUUGUCUGUGAACAGUUUGCUGCUGCAUCCACAAAUGCAUUUUUAAAACUGUGUAAACAUGUUUCAAGAGGAGAUGAUUCAGCUCAGUAGUCUUUGCACUCUUUUGAAUGAAACAUGAAAGGUUCAUAUGAUUUUCAAACCAUCAAAUGCUGUUUGUAUAAACAUUUUACACAGUGUCCCAAUAUUUUUGGCAUUAAGGUUGUCACUGAGUGUGCGUCUGUUUAAAGGAAGCACAGUUUUAAGGUGUUGUCUGCAUUUGUUUCCGCUGUGUUUGUGUCGAGUUUGUUUCUGGGUGAAGUCGUGAGGAAAACGUGCCAAACUGGAGUCGACACUGGCCUUGCUGCGGUCUUGAACAGAACAUUAUUGUCUUUAUAAAGAUACAACUGUACAUAUAUAUGAUGUAGAAAACAAAACACUUCUGGAUAUAGGAAAAUAUUUUUUUAAAGCGAAGAAAACAUUAAAAUGUAAAAACACUCAAAGACUUUAGCUGAUCAUUACAAACCCUGUUCUGAAUCACUCUUACUUUAUACAAUCACUUGACUACAUAAUCAAUCACCUUUCAUAUAUUGUUCAUUUUUCUGGGUUGAACUGAGCCAGGGUGUAAACAGUAGCAGGAGUAGUCUUAGUGGUUUUAGAGCCCUGGAUCGGGGGGGAACAGAAAGGAGACUUGUAACUCGCUGAUCUUCCAUUAACACUUAUGCACUCUCCCUCACUGAGACGCUCAGUUGUUGCACUUGGUCUUAUAACUGUGAUCGAGCUCAGCUUACAGAGCUCAGGUGCAGAGUCUUGCAGCAGGUGGGAUCUGAUGUAGGAGGAGAUGUACUGAGUGUAAAAACUGAAAGUGCACUUUAUUAGUGAUGAGCUUCGAUGCUUUAACAUGAAGAACCACAUUUUAACACUGACUUUGCGUUUUGUCUUCUGUUCAAUAAAAUGACUAUCAAAUUAUCGCCAUGAGUGAAGUCUGUUAUUUAAAAGAUGAAUGGUGAACUCAAGACACCAAAAAUACUUCAGCUUUUUCUAUCCAUCCAACUUCUACCACUUAUCCCCGUUGGGGGUUGCAGCCUAUCUCAGCAUCUUGGGGCGAAGGCAGGGGACACCCUGGACAAGUCGCCAGUUCAUCGCAGGGCUGACAUAUAAUAAUAAUAAUGCAUCAGAUUUCAUAUAGAGCUUUAUCAGAGACCCUCAAAGCACUUUACAUUGGAUACAUCAUUCAUUCGCUCACACAGUCACACUUUGGUGGUGGUAAACUACCUUAGUAGUCACAGCUGCCCUGGGGCAGACUGACGGAAACGUGGCUGCCAUUCUGCGCCUACGGCCUCUACGACCACCACCACACAACACUCACAAUCAUACACCAGUGGAGGACACACACUGGGAGCAAGGUGGGUUAAGUGUCUUGCCCAAGGACACAACAGACAGACUUGGAUUAGGGGGGAAUCGAACCGCCAACCUUCCGGUUAUUGGACAACUGCUCUACCUCCUGAGCUACUGUCACCCCAUAUAUAUAGAGAUUUUAAAGUGAACAAUUAACCCAACCCCACAUCUUUAUGUUUUUGGGAUGUGGAGGGAAACCGGAGUAAACCCACACAGACACAGGUAGAACAUGCAAACUCCACAUAGAAAUGCCCUGACCUGGAUUCGAACCCAGAACCUUGCUAACCACCACACCGCUGUACUUUGUCUUUUUCAUUUAAGGCCAUUAGUCAUGUAAAUGGCGGGGUGAUGGCAUUAGCAGUUACUCCGACACUUGAGUCCACCUUAAAACCUUUUUCGCGGGGUUCCCUUAACAGUUUUUGAAGGUCUCUUAUAAUAAAAAACACUUUUUUCUUUGCACAUGAAUUCUAGUCAGCCUUAGAUGGUGGUGUUGAUGGGCUCUCAAAUUCUUAAGGAGUCCCAAAAAAGGUUAUCAGUAUGAAUGAAAAUUAACAAUCCCCGCUCUUACUCACACGGCCUUGGCUGGUAUUUGGUGAUACUGGCAUACCAGCUUUGCAAGUCUGGGAAAUCUCUUUAACUGUAUUGCAAAGACUACUCAACUAGUGUGUCUUUUUAGCUGCAGCUGUUGUGUAUUGUGUUCUCCAAAACAGCUUGUGAAGAUUUCUGCACGGCUGCAGCCCUUCUGAGUAUCUUCACCUUUUGCUAGUAGGUUCGCAUUAAAACCUGCUUUAAAUUUAUCGCACAGCCUUAAUAGCUAGAUGUAAGAUGAGACCACUUCUUGUUAUAUCUGCCUGAUGAAAAUAAAACCAUAAAAUACUCAAAAUAAAAAUUACUUAACACUAAACUAUUUGUUACCUGCUAAGCAUCUACCUGCCUGCACACUGAUUUAAGUAGUUCAAAGGUAAAGGUUCAAUGAGAGCAGCUCCUUUUUUAACUAAACAAAGAUGUUCUGAGGGGAAAUGAACAACUCCAGAGUUCAUCUAGAAAAAGAGAGAAAGAGAAUAAUAAUCAAGACUAUAUGAUACCUCUGAGUCAGCCCUGAGGAUAUCUCAUUUUGAAAUCAGUGUUUGGUUUGGUUUUCACAGAAGAUUAGACAACAUGUUCAACUCUCCAACUAUCAGCUUUGUGUCCUUUCAGUCACCCUGAAACCUCAGCUAAUCCCCGAGGAGAGGAAUGACAGAGGCUGCCAGGAGUCUGGCACAAACUUUCCUCUGUGUUGAUACGUCUAGUUUUUUCCUCCUGUCCCUGCUGGAUUUCAAAAACCCUUUCCUUCUCGUCCAGACUAUUGAAGGAAAAUAAGAGAAAACUCUCACUUUACUGAUCCAGCUACACUGCCCAAGGACACAGAAAGUCCUCUGUUAAUGCAUUUACGUCAUCACCCCCACUUUGCAGGGCUGUAGAGAACGUUCUUGAACCUCCAAUCAUUUCAUUUUUACAUAUAUAAAAGCAAUUUUCAUCAUUAAUCAGGAGAAACCUUUUUUCAUUCUGCAUGAACAGAAGAUCUUCAUGAACUCACCUACAAUAAGUAAUGAAAUACAAUUCUAUGACCAGCUUUGUGAGUCAGUAUUACUGAGGCCAUGUCUCAAGGUCAAAAAUAUCCACAUUAUAAAACAGAAGCGGUGACACAAAACGGUGAAUCUGGGUCAGCGCAAGUUAUUCUCAAUGGUUACCUUCACAAAGCCUUCAUAGAUGAAGUUCAGCCAUCAUUCAUAACCUCCCUGCAUAUGUUACAUAUAAUUAUAUAAAUUGUAUAACUUUGUUCAGUAUAAAAAGAAACACGAAACUCGCAUUAGGAUUCUUACAUAUUGCAUAACUCACACUGUCAUUUUUCUUCAGCAGUAGUUCUGAAUGGCUAGAGGAGGACACCGGAUCUUAAGCGUGCGAGCAAGGAUCUUUGGCUUAUAAACGAGUUGUCACAUAUAAUUCAGGGUUAAAAUCCAAUUUAAUUUGCUGAAACGUGCUUUAGUUUUGGUUUGGACUGGAUAUUUUCAAUCUGUUUUCCUCAUAUUUCAGCAUAAGCUUCUCUUCCAUUAAAUUAACAUUACAGCACAGAUUAUUCUGGUUAGUUUACGUCAUAUCUACCGCCCUAUAAAUCAAUAGAGUCCUUUUGCUCAUGGAAGGUUAUGUAUCUUGGCUCUGCAUAAACACUUGGUUUAUUUUAUCCUCUGGUAUUUUGGUUUGCUGAUUCCACAAUUAUAACAUUUCAGACUCUGGUUGUACAGACCCUGAAAUCCGAUGUCCCCCUAAAUGCAACUUACAGCUCUGUUCUGCACCAUAUCUACAUUAUUACAAUCAAACCCCACAGCCCUGCAGUGCAGCGCAAUAUAAGUGAUAAACAUGUGUACCUUUGUUCUGCUUGGGUUUAUUUCUAGCGUCCUGCAGGGCCUCCACCCUGUGCAUGAGUCACCAGACCAAACUGGCACCCCAAGACUCCUAUUUUUAAGUGCAACUAGAGGGGUCACACUAUGUUUUUCUGUCGGUUAAAACUGUUCAACACGAUCAGAGACACCACAAGGCGAGGGGUGACUGAGGUGAGUGUAAGAUUAUGAAACCGCAGGGAAACCCAGCAGGUGAUCUUGGACAUGCUACACUUCUGUUUCUGCGGAAAGAUCCCGGGCGCUUCUCAGAAAACACUUUGCCUCCAGCAGAGAGCGGGGUGUACAGGAUAAACUCACUCUCAGGCACAAACACACAAUUUUAUUGUGAAACAAUGAGUCAAAGUGUCCUGGUUACCAGUGGAGGCCUUCAGCUUCUUCCCAGAAACUUACAAAAUAAAAUGUGUCAGAUAUGUGAGCUAACAGAUCAGGGACAGAGUAAGAGGACAAAAUAUGAGACAAUGUGUGUCAUCUAUUUCUGUACAAGGUCAAUUCUAGGAAACAAAAUAACUUGCAGAACAAAUAGUUUUCAGAUGACGGUCAUUUCAAAACAAGUAAUCUGUCUAAUAGUUUGUUUUUGAGAUUUGUGUCUGUAAGCUUUGCGAGCUACCAGGCUUUAAGAGGUCUUAAAGCUCCUGAGAGGAACUUUUAGAUUGUGUUGUUUUUGGCACCCACCAUGAUCAAAGCAGUCAAAUAUAUAUUUCUGUCCAUACAUUUUACAUGCAUGACAAAAAAGCUAAUGCUGUUUGCAGUGUGUCACUUUGCAGCAGCUUGGACAUUACAAACACCUAUUCAGAAAACAUUUACUUCAUGCUGACGCUCUUCUUUGCUUUUAUGAGUUAUGAAUAGACAUUUACAGUGUAUUUGAUUCAGCUAGUUUUAUAGCUGGCUCAAAACUACACACAGGAGCUCUAAAGCUCAAAGCACUCUAGCAUGAUUUAUCCACCUUGGUGUAAAAGUGAACAUGAUCUCAGCUGCGUUUUGUGUCUGAAUGUGAUGAGACGUUGCCACAGCUGCUCCUGCUAGUUGAGUUUAGGGUGUUUUUUUGUGAACAGGAGACUGCAGCACAUUAAAUACAAUGCAGAGACUCAAAUUUAUUGUUACUGUUCCACCAACACAGACUGUCAAAUUCUCACUGGAGUUUAGCCCUGGCAGAUUUAUGUUGUUGUUGUUGGAAGCCAAAAAACGAAACUGAAAUUCACAUGCCCUAUAGAAUCCACAAACCAGUUCUGAAAGAGAUAUUCCAGCGUGAAUUAAAUUUAUGAAUGUUGCCAACUGCUUGCUUCUCUAGUUAUACCAACUUUAUUAACGACCGUAUGAUAGCAAUACACAGCGGUCUAAGUCUCCAUAUGCAAACAUCAACCAAAACGCCACUCUAUAGCCACAAAUAAUGCUCAGAACAGCACCUAACUUCAUAAACAGUACAUAUAGGGUCCCAGCCAUAGUACUAGCCACUAAACAUCCUUUAAGCUUUGCCUGAUUUCUUUAGCAAAGAGACUAAACACAACCCACCUACUCUCCUCCAGCAGCCGUUUGUUUGUGGGGGAGCCCUGACAAGUUGAUCACAGAGUGCAGCGGAUCAUUUCCUUGAAGUAAUAAUCAUCACAAUCAUCAUUUUGCACUGCAGACUGCAGAGUUCUUCUGCCUUAGCGUCUGAUUGCAUUUCCAUGAAAUAAUGAUCACAAAUGUUCUUCCUUGAGCUGAAAAACUCCACUGCACUCGGUGCUUGACUCGUCAGGGCUCCCCCUCAAACAAGCUACUGCUGAAGGAGAGUGGGUGAGUUGUGUUUGGUGUCUGCUUAAGAAACAUCAAUCUCUCGAGGGGGUGUCUAACUUGGUGUUAUGGUGUGUUUAACCAUAACUUAAAUUUACGCUGGAAUAUCCCUUUAAUACCAAAGCCCAGCAGCACUCCAAGACUUCUGCAAAACUGUUAUUAUGAUGUUGUUAUAGAAAGAAAAUGUUGGGCCACAUAAAUCUGAAUGUAUUGGGAGGAGUCUCAUAUUGCGUCAGUUCUGGUGACCUCUUCAUGAGAAAUCAAUAAUGUUCCUCUGUGAUGAGGGCUACAUAUCCCAUGAGCACCAUCACCCUCUGUGGUCAAGAUGUGGCUCCUACCAAGAUGUGCCAAUAAAUGGACUACAGAGUUUUUUUUAAGGCAACUUUUCUUUUCACAAGACAACCUUCUGCAGAAUGCGCAGUAAUAGGUUUAUGUUUCCUCCUUUAAACAGCCAAUACUGACAUUUAGCAUCUGGCUUGACUGAGCCCACUUUUGUUGAUUUUUAGUUUUCUCACGGCUUUAACUCAUUCAAGUCGAGCUCAUUAUUUCCAGCUGCUUGUAUAAUCUUAAUUAUUCUUCUUGUUUAUUUCUCUGCAAGGAUUUUGAGGCUGAGACAACAAGAGAAGAGCAGACUAUCUACAAACUGACCAGUUAAAUAAACAAGACAAGGUAUUCACAGAUGAGUGUGCCAAGAUUACAGUAUCAACCCUCAUUUCCAAAUAAGUUUCAGAGAAAUGAGCAACAUACACAAAGGCUUUUUUUGUCCCUCUGGGCCAGAUUAAGAUCUGUCACACCUUCAUUAGUUUCUUACUCAUGGCUAUUUUUGGUUUUAGCCAAAGUAAACACUCUUCAGCUCACUAGGAUUGUUGCAUCUGUCUCUAAAAAUAGAAGUCUGAUUUAAAUUCCUGUCGAAAUUCCUUAGAGACACUCAGUAACUUCCAGUUAAUCCUCUCCUGUCUGCCAGAAAGACAAGUAGCUGUGUCACUACGUCCCAAGUUCUCCCAAAAUCCCAAGGAAGACAUUAUCUUACAUAAGUACCCACAUUAAAUCCCCAAACAUGUCAGUGCCACCAAGGUCAGGCUCAGGGACUGACCUGACCUCCAGUUUAAGAGCAAAAUCAGCAGAAAUGUUUGUUUCCCAGUGAAUGUUGAUUUUUAAAGUCAUGUUUUUAUGACGGUUUUGCUUGUAAACCCUCAGACCGUGACUUCAUCCAGUCCAAACUGGGGCAUUUACAUAAGCCAGCGAUGAGAGCCAGAUGUCCUUCUUACCCCACACACUGAUUAAGUCACUCACAGUAAACACUUGUCACUUGACAUGUUUUCUAUGGAUCUUGUUAUCUAACAGACCCCUCUUCACUACAUGUUACUGUAAAUGUGUCAGCAGCAGGUCGAGAUUUGACCUAAUUUCUUUUCACACUGACCCCAAGGAGGCAGGCGGUGACUCUCAGAGUUUAGACUCUAAAAAUGAAGAUGACACACACAGAGAGUCUUUUAUGAGAAACUCUGCAGCGGCACAAUGACCACAAUCACACAAGCUGUGCCUUAAGGAUGAUAAUCGUCCAUCUCUAUGAACAGGGUGUACCAAAAAAAGAGUCUAUGUCAAGGGACUGGACUUCGGUGUUCUUGUUCCUGUUAGCAGUGCAUUUAUGGUCUGAGAAGUAUGGUCAAAGUCAAUCUUAGACCCACCAGUGACAGGUGAAGGGACUGUACUCCGGGUUCUCUAAUGAACAGUGAAAUGACAGUGAUUGUUUUUUCUUUAAACUUCCAUUUUGCUUGCAAAUGAGCUUGCAAAUCAUGCAGUGCACAGAAAAGAGAAUAACAGUCAUGUUGUAUUAUUAUCAAAGGUGGGCAAAAAUUUUACACAGAUGCAGAAAUUUUUAUUCAUGCUUUUAUCUUAAACUGUUUAGAUUACUGUGACAAGUCUCCCAGAAAACGACAGCUCAUUCAGAACGCUGCCGGUGGAGUUUGAACCCGCAGAAAGAAAACUGACCACAUAACCCCCUUCAUAAAACUCUGCACUGGCCUCCUGUUUCUUUGAGACUUGAUUUUAAACUUUUUUUUUUUUUUUUAAAUUUGUUUUCAAGCUUUAUACUGCCUUGUGUCUCCAUUUAUGACAGAUUUACUUUCAUUCUGUGAUCCAGUUACAUCUCUGAGGUCCUUGAAUGCACCAAAACUUUGAAACUCUGCCUCUAGAAAUAAAAACAGCCAGCUCUCCGGGCUAUGCUAAAAUCUAACUUGGAUCCACCUUUGAUUCAAAAAAGUGCUGAGUUUGCGAUAUACAGGGCAUUAAUACAGGGAACAGAUUUGGUGUUUUGUUUUGGUGGAAAUGGUUAUGCUGGCUGUGUUGCUGAGCUUUCUCUAAUAAAAACUGUGUAUAAUAUGUUUGUACACACCAGUGGCGAUUGCUCUAAGACUGCAAGGGAAGCUCGGCUUCCCUUAAAAUGUCACCCCCCCAAAAAAAGAAAAAGUGGUGAAAUACGUGCUGCUGUGUAUACAUUUCAUUAACUAAAUACGCACUAGAAAGCCUUCAUCUUUUGUUCAGACACUGUGAUAAGAAGCUGAUAAUCACAGGUAACCGGCAUAACUUCGUUCUCAUUCAUCCUCGCAGCGCCUCAGUGCUUCAAACAGUCGGACGCUGGGCUUCUGCUGACUUCAAUGUGGAAGCUUAAAGUGGGUUGUUCCAGCAGCGAAACUAGACGCUCAUUGGAUAAAUGCUGGGCUUUGUCCCGCCCAAUGGAAGCUAAGCUUCACUGGAGUUCUAUGGCGAGAGGGCGGUCCCGACUUUCUCCCGGACUCCAAGC